GGUCUUGGCUGGCUGGAUAGACAAUAAAUGCUAACAAAUUGUGUCCACAAAACAUACCAGAUGAUUAGAAAGUGAAUUAGACUGAUAUAGAAAUUGUACUUUUAGGACUCACCACUAAACUAAAACACAUUUCUUACAUUCAUGGGGGACUUUUUAACGUCUCUUGGACAAAAUCUCCCAUCUCUCUCUGCUCUCCCAGCCCGGGUUGAAAGGAGGGGAGGAGGGGGGGAGGUGUGACUUCGAGCCUACCGUCGACAGCCUCGGAGUUUAGAGAUCAGUAAAAGAUGAGGACACUGAACGAGAGAGAAGGGAUUAAAGUUCAACGUCAAGUCGAGGAAAAACGGAGAAUCGACAACUCAGCAAUGAAAUGUAUGUCUCUGAGUGUGCGUUUAACUCUCAACUAAACCCUGACUGCGAGCAUCCCGAGUCGAACACGGUGGAUCUGCUGACACUGGACUUCUUGCUCACUCCUGACAUCCAGUGUCAGCAGCUGGCGCUUUGAAGAUGAUCAACCCUCAGAUAUACCUCCACUACAACUACACAGGCAAGCUGGACCACCGGCCCAGCGUCGGCACAAGCCCUGGCACCGUGAACACCAAAACCAUUGUCUUCCUUAUUAUAUGCAUAUUCAUUGUGUUGGAGAACCUCACUGUGCUGGUGGCCAUAUGGAGAAACCACAGGUUCCACAACCGCAUGUACUAUUUCAUCGGCAACCUGGCGCUGUGCGACCUGCUGGCUGGAGUCGCUUACCUGGUCAACCUGCUCCUGUCAGGAGAGAAGACCCUGCAGCUCUCACCUGCUCUCUGGUUUGUAAGAGAGGGAAGCAUGUUUGUAGCACUUGGUGCCUCCAUUUUCAGUCUCCUGGCUAUUGCUAUAGAGAGACACCUGACUAUGAUCAAAAUGAGACCAUAUGAUGCCAACAAAAACUACAGAGUGUUUCUGCUCAUAGGGACCUGCUGGCUGAUCGCCAUAUCUCUUGGAGCUUUGCCUAUCCUAGGCUGGAACUGCCUGGACAACCUGCCCGAUUGCUCCACAGUCCUCCCUCUCUACAGCAAGAAGUAUGUAGCUUUCUGUAUCACAGUUUUCAUGGUUUUGCUCUUAGCCAUGUCAGUGCUUUAUGCACGCAUCUACAUCCUGGUUAAGUCCAGCAGCCGAAAGGUGAGCAAGCACAGAAACUCUGAGCAUGCAAUGUCGCUGCUGCGCACCGUUAUCAUUGUAGUUGGAGUCUUCAUCGCCUGCUGGACGCCCAUCUUUGUUCUGCUCCUGGUAGAUGUGGCAUGUGAGCAGCGCUGCCCAAUCCUCUACAAAGCUGAUUGGUUCAUCGCAGUGGCUGUGCUCAAUUCAGCCAUGAACCCAGUCAUUUACACUCUGGCCAGUCGGGAGAUGAGACGGGCCUUCCUGGGUCUGGUGUGUGGCAUUUGCUACAGAGGGAAGACUUCUGUCAAUGGCAGCGGGAACAAGCAGUCUCUGGAUCCCAGCCGCAGCAGGAGCAAGUCGUGGAGCAGCCAGAACAACCCCAACCAGAGCCAGCGGAGCUCCAGGCAGGCGGAGCAGGAGAAGGAGGCAGACACAGCCCAUGGCGAGGUCUCAGUGGUGGCAGGAGGGGCUGCUCAGGCUGCCCAUGAGAGUGACAGGAAAGACUGAAAGAAAGGAGCAAGCUAUCUACAGUAGGAAGGUGAGGGCGGGCCUAAUCUAUAAACUCAUCAAGUUGUGAUUAAUACAAAAUGAAGGAUUUCUUCACAAACUUGAGGCAGAGACUGCAGGGCAGUUGUUUUUCCUUUGUGCUUGAUAUUGAUAUACAUGUAUGCAUCUUCCACAUUUGGGACGCUUAUUAAAAUGUCCACACUUGG